GUGCCCUCCGCCGGAUGCCCUCCGCCCUACACGUAUUUUCUGGUGCCUAUGCCUCCUCACCGCCACCGCUGCCGCUUCAUUUUCAAAUGAUCAGAUCGCGAUUCUCGCCUCGGACUCUGUUGCGCUCCUGCAGUGAAAUCAAGAUGUAUGGUCUAAAAGUUGUAAAGCAGGUGAAAAUGUAUAAAAAUUUCUGCAAUGUGAUGAUUUCUCAGAAAGUUUGGGGUUGUUCCCAUUUCCAUUCGUCCAGGACAGUACGCAAGUGCACUUGAAAAACCAUAGUAAAUGCUCUGGAAAGAUGGACCGUGAUUCAUUGUGUAGCAUGUUUGGACUCUUGGAUGCAGACUUUCUCUCUGAUGCCAAGAUGCUGGAGAUUGAAAAGGGUGCCAGAGAACUCAAUUUACCUAUCAUCAAAUCCAAUCGAGAACUAGCUGCUUCAGCAAAUGGAGGAUUAGAGAAUCCAUCUUCUUUGGUAUUCAGCGCUUCAUGGAGUCAUGAUCAUGCCCAACAUGCAUCUAAAAGAUUUAAUUAUCCAUCUCUACCUCAUAUUGAAAGGCCGAAGAGUGAUGAAGAUAUUGCUUUCAUGAGCAUUCUCGAGUUGGGGCAACUAAUUAAAUCCAAACAAAUCACCUCUGAAGUGCUCGCUCAGAUAUUCUUGAAUAGAUUGAAAAGGUAUGGUCCAGUUCUUGAAUCUGUUAUUACCAUAACAGAAGAACUGGCAUACGAGCAAGCAAGAAAAGCUGAUCAAUUGCUUGCACAAGGAAAAUAUCUCGGAAAUAAAUGAAGAUCAACGCAGAGAUUUUACGUGGUUCGAUUUACUGAGGUAAAU